UUUUUUUUUUUUUGACAGGCAGAGUGGACAGUGAGAGAGAGAGAGAAAGGUCUUCCUUUUCCAUUGGUUCACCCCACAAUGGCCGCUGCGGCUGGCGCACCUCGCUGAUCCGAAGCCGGGAGCCAGCAUCCCAUAUAGGUGCUGGGUUCUAGUCCCGGCUGCUCCUCUUCCAAUCCAGCUCUCUGCUAUGACCUGGGAAAGCAGUGGAAGAUGGCCCAAGUCCUUGGGCCCCUGCACCCGCAUGGGAGACCCUGAGGAGGUUCCUGGCUCCUGGCUUCAGAUCACCGUAGCUCCAGCUGUUGCAGCCAUCUGGGGAGUGAACCAACAGAAGGAAGACCUCUCUCUCUGUCUCUCCCUCUCAUUGUCUGUAACUCUACCUCUCAAAUAAAUAAGUAAAAUCUUUAAAAAAAAUUACUUGCAGAUGAGUGUCCACCUAGGUGACAACACAGGAAGUCAGGACAGGACGGUGGCAAGUGUUUUGAGGGGACCAAAGCCACAGGAUGAAGGCCUGUCUACACAGGAGGGCAUGGCUGUUGAGACUCCCCAGCAGGAACCACGUGGGGCUGUGAGAACGUGAGGAAUCCAGUGUCUACACUGGGCCAUUGUGCUGUGCCGCCCAGGGCAGGCGCUGAUUUGUAAAACAGCAGAGCUUCGGUUGGUAUCACAGUGGUGAGGUCACGACCGCCGGGGGCUUUGGAAUUUUGUCUUCAGAAGAAUUUUGCUUACCAAGCUACAUACUUUCCUAGUCAUCAGUUUAAUCGGGGCAAGAUGAAAAGGUGCUAAUAAACAAAGAAACAAGAAAAUAACCCAGCGGGCUCCGGGGGAGGGGGAGGGGUAGCCCCUGCGGUGUGUGGGGCAAGGAGGGGAAGGCAGAGAAAUAGGACGUCCCUGCCAGAGGAGGGGGCACACGGGGCCCUGUGUGCACCUGUGUGUGCAUGUGGGGUGUAUGUACAGUGUCUGUGUGUGUUGCAUGUGUUUGUGUGUUUUUGUCUGGUAUGUAUCCACAAGUUUUAGUCUGUGUGCAAAUAUCUGUAUCUGUGUAUCUGUCAAAGUCUGUGUUGCUUGUAUUUGUGCAUGUGUCUGUAUGUCUGUGUUUCUGGUAUGUAUCCACAAGUGUGUGUGUGUGUGUGUGUGUCCAUGUGUCUGUGUGUGUCUGGUAUGUAUCCACAAGUGUCUGAGCCUGUGUACAGGUGUCUAUAUCUGAGUGUCUGUCUAGGUAUGUGCUGCUUAUAUUUGUGCAUUCGUCUGAGUGUAUUUCUGGUAUGUAUCCACAAAUGUGUGUGUGUGUGUGUGUCCACGUGUCUGUGUAUGUCUGGGAUGUAUCCACAGGUGUCUGUGUCUGUAUGUGUCUGGGUGGCUGUCUGUGCCUGGUUUGUAUCCACAGGUGUCUGAGUCUGUGUACAGGUGUCUACAUCUGUGUGUCUGUCUAGAUGUGUGCUGCUUGUGUUUGUGCAUGUAUCUUGUAUGUAUCCACAGGUGUCUGUGCCUGUGUACAGGUGUCUGUCUGUGCUGCAUGUGUCUCUCUGUGUGUUGCAUGUUUGCAUAUGUGUAUCCACAGGUAUCUGUGUAUGCAUUGUAUGUGUUUGCAUGUGUGUCUUGUGUCCACAGGUGUCUGUGUACAGGUGUCUAUAUCUGUGUGUCUGUGUUGCGUGUGUCUGUGUGUCCCUGUGUCUUCCUGUGCAUGGGCAAUGUAUGGUGUCACUUUCUGAACCUCUACCCCCUAGGGAGCCCCUCUCAGGGGGGCAGAUCCAGGGGACCCUCACCACCCCAGUUCCUGGUUACAUUGCCGCUGGCUCUCCCCUGCCUGAAGUUCUCUCCACGGCCCUUCCCAGCAACCAUGCAAGGGCUGUCUGCUGGCCAUGGGAAUGUCCGCUUUCCCUAGAGCUGAGGUCACUGUUGAGGACUUGCUCCCCUGUCUGAGUGAAGGACUGUCCCCCCAACCCAACCUCAAGGUCUGAGUGGAGCAGGCAGAGGGUUACGGGAGGGAUGGCCAGGGAUUGGGAUGCACAUGUGGACAGAGGCUUCCUCGCAGUGCAUGGCUCCACCUGCUCGGGUCUGCGGUCACUCUGAGUUGUCCCUGGUAGAUGGGACACCUGACACCAUCAGACACACUGCAUGGCCUUCAGGCAGUUCAUGAUGGCUCGCACUGCGGCCUCACGGUUCUCUCCCUCUUGUCUGAGGGCCGCCCAUGUCAAGUCCUUCCUCCCUUCCUAGGGCACUGUGUGCCCCAGAGAGGCUGACAGGAAGAUGUGGGGAGCUGGGGGAGAUUGAUCUGUAGUUGGAGAAAAGCCCCUGGGGGUGUGGGGAGUGCAAGGAACGCCUGGGCCUCCCAAAGCACUCCAGCCCAGCAACAGCCUUUGCCCGCUUAGCACUGAAGUGUCCAAAAGAAACUUUACUAAGAACUGAGGGAAAUACUGAAAAUAGCAUCAGAACAGCCAAGGGCAUGUUUCUGACUGUAGGUAGCUAGCAUCUGGCCACGGUCACUGCAUUGGCCCUGUCUGCAGGGCCCAGCGCAGUCCUGUGCUGCCUUGGCCCUGCCACCCAGCCAAGGCACCGAGGCAGUGACAGUGGGGUCUGUGGAGUCUGUGGGAAGACCUUCGAGGGGGUGCGGGGACCCUUUGGGAGGCACAAAUGAAGUCCACGCAGAUGAAGUGCACAGCAGGUGAAGCCCAUGCAGAGACAGAGACAGAGAGAGAGAGAGAGGAGAGAUCUUCCACCUGCUGGUUUACUCUCAAAUGCCUCCAGUGGCUGGGGCUGGGCCAGGCUGAAGCCAAGAGCUCUGAACUCAACUGGAUCUUCCAUGUAAGCAUCAUCCGCUGCCUCCCAGGGUGUGAGUUAGCAGGAAGCUGGGAUUGGGAGUGGAGCUGGAACUGGAACCCAGGCACUCUGAUGUGCAGGGAUCCCAAGCAGCAUCCUAACCACUAGGCCAAACGCCUACUGCUAUAGUUGAGUUCUAAUAAUCUACUUGUAAACAUCAAAUCAGCACAGCUUGGUUACUGCAUGUGUUCGCUUCUUGGGCUGCCAUAGCAAAGUGCUCAUAACUGGUUGGCCCUAGUUUCUGGGGGCCAGAAGUCCAGAACCAAGACAUUGCAAGGGCUGUGACCCCUCAGCUGGUGGGCAUCUCUGGGGCAGCUCCAGGGAGAACCCUUCUUUGCUGCUUCCAGUGUCUGCUGAGCUGGGGAGCCCUGGUGACCCUUCGCUGGUGGAGACCCCAUUCUGUCUACCCACCACAGCACCCAUGUCCACAUCUUUCCUACCCUGACAACCCAAUUUCAAUUUGAUUGAAUUUGCAAAGACCUAGUUUCCAAAUAAGAUCCCACCUGAUGUGUGUGUGGAGAACAAAUCCUGGGCCCCACCCCAGGAAGCUUAGUGAUAUGCACCCCUCUUAAGAACAAUUUUUAGGGACAGCGCUAUGGUACAGCAAGUUAAGUCUGCAGUGCCAGCAUCCCAUAUGGGCACUGGUUUGAAUCCUGCUGUUCUAUUUAUUUUUAUUUUUUUGACAGGCAGAGUGGACAGUGAGAGAGAGAGAGACAGAGAAAGGUCUUCCUUUGCCAUUGGUUCACCCUCCAAUGGCCGGCGCGCUGCGGCCGGCGCACCACGCUGAUCCGAUGGCAGGAGCCAGGUACUUAUCCUGGUCUCCCAUAGGGUGCAGGGCCCAAGUACUUGGGCCAUCCUCCACUGCACUCCCUGGCCACAGCAGAGAGCUGGCCUGGAAGAGGGGCAACCGGGACAGAAUCCGGCACCCUGACCAGGACUAGAACCCGGUGUGCCGGCGCCACAAGGCGGAGGAUUAGCCUAGUGAGCCGCGGCGCCGGCUGAAUCCUGCUGUUCUACUUCAGAUCCAGCUCCCUGCUAAUGUGACUGGAAAAGCAGUGGAGGAUGGUCCAGGUGCUAGGGCCCCUGCAUCCACGUGGGAGACUGGGAGGAGACUUCAGGCUCCUGGCUUCAGAUUAGCACAGCACUGGCCAUGGUGGCCAUUUGGGGAGUGAACCAGUGGAUGGACGAUCUCUCUUUCUCUUUCAGUCUCUCCCCCCCUCCCUCUGUAACUUGGCCUUUCAUGUAGAUAAAAACAAAUUAAAAAAAAAAAAGAGGGGCUGGCGCUGUGGCACAGUGGGUUAAAGCUGUGGCCUGCAGCACAGGCAUCCCAUAUGGGCACCGGUUCAAGUCCCGGCUGCUCCACUUCUGAUCCAGCUCUCUGCUGUGGCCUGGGAAAGCAGUAGAAGAUGGCCUAAGCCCUUGGACCCCUGCAUCCACAUGGGAGACCCAGAAGAAGCUCCUGGCUCCUGGCUUUGGAUCAUCUCAGCUCUGGCCGUUGCAGUCAUUUGGGAAGUGAACCAGUGAAUGGAAGACCUCUCUCUCUCUCUCUCUCUCUCUCUCUGGCUCUACCUCUCUGUAACUCUGUCUUUCAAAUAAGUAUUUAAAAAAAAUAAAAAAUAGAAAUCUAUAUUCAUUUUUUAAAAUUAAAGACUCAAUCAAUAACAUAAAAUGCACCAAUGGUAGGAUUUUUUUAAAGCAUUUUAUUAUGUUUUAAAAUUUGCUUUAAUUAUUUGAAAGGCAGAGAGACACUGACAGAGAGCUCCUACCUGUCAGUUCACUCUUCAAAUGCCCUCAAAGUCUAGCACUGGGCCACAUCAAAGCCAAGAAUCCGCCACUCCGUCUGGUCUCCCGUUUGAGUGGCAGGGCAUCACCUGCUGCCUGCCUCCCAGGUGUGCACUCAGCAGGAAGUUGGAAUUGGGAGUGGAGCUGGAACUCACACCCGGGCACUCCAGGACGGGACGUGAGUGUCCCAGUGGAGUCUCUUCUGCUGCCCCAGACGCCUGCCCAGAAGGGUUUUGUGGUUGCCCACACUGUGCACUUUGCACCCUUUCCCUUGCCAGGGAACUCACUGGUGAGUUUCUGGGCCUUCCACAGCACACACUGCUGGGAUGAGACGCCACGUGUUCAACAGCAUGGUUGAGCUGUGUCCUCCCAGAAGGUGGAUCUGCGUGCUAGCCCCAGGACCUGUCAGUGUUGUCAUUUGGAAAUGGGAACUUUGCAUAAUCCAGUUAAGAUGAGGUCAUCACAGUGGGCCCGGAUCCAGUGGUCUGCUGUCCCGAGAACACACGGGGAUUUGGGGGAGCCAGGGCUGCCUGCAGCUCCAGAGUGGGAGAGGCCGGGAGGCCUGUCUGGUGCUGCCCUAGUCGCUCUAGCUGGCACAUCGGGCUCCACACACUUUGAUUUUGGACUCUGUCCUCCAGAGCUGCUGUUGGAAACUGCCUGGUCUGUGGUCAUUUGUGAUGGCAGCUCGGGCACUCACACACAUCUGGGUGCUCACACAUAUCUGUGUCCUCACACAUACCCAGACCCUCACACACACCCGGACCCUCACACAUACCCGGGCCCUCACACACACCCGGGCCUUCACACACACCCGGACCCUCACACACACCCGGAUCCUCACAUACACCUGGGCCCUCACACAUACCCAGACCCUCACAAACACGCAGACCCUCACACAUACCUGGGUACUCACACACACCCGGACCUUCACACACACCCGGGCCCUCACACACACCCGGAUCCUCACACACACCUGGAUCCUCACACACAACUGGAUCCUCACAUACACCUGGGCCCUCACACAUACCCAGACCCUCACAAACACACAGACCCUCAAACAUACCUGGGUACUCACACACACCCGGACCUUCACACACACCCGGGCCCUCACACACACCCGGAUCCUCACACACACCUGGAUCCUCACACACAACUGGAUCCUCACAUACACCUGGGCCCUCACACAUACCUGGGCCCUCACACAUACCUGGGUACUCACACAUACCCGGGCCCUCACACACACCCGGGCCUUCACACACACCCGGACCCCCACACACACCUGGAUCCUCACACACAACCGGAUCCUCACAUACACCUGGGCCCUCACACAUACCCAGACCCUCACAAACACGCAGACCCUCACACAUACCUGGGUACUCACACACACCCGGACCCUCACACACACCCGGGCCCUCACACACACCCGGGCCUUCACACACACCCGGGCCCUCACACACACCCGGACCCUCACACACACCCAGAUCCUCACACACACCCGGGCCUUCACACACACCCGGGCCCUCACACACAUCUGGGCCCUCACACACAACCGGAACCUCACACACACUUGGGUCCUCACACACACCCAGAUUCUCACACACAUCUGGGCCCUGACACACACUCGGGCCUUCACACACACCUGGAUCCUCACACACACCCGGAUCCUCACACACAACCGGAUCCUCACACACACUCGGACCGUCACAUACUCCUGGGCCCAACACACACCUGGAUCCUCACACACACCCAGGCCCUCACACACACCCGGGCCUUCACACACACCCGGGCCCUCACACACACCCAGAUCCUCACACACACUUGGGCCCUCACACACACUCGGGCCUUCACACACACCCGGGCCCUCACACACACUGGGGCCCUCACACACACUUCGGGCCUUCACACACACUUGGGCCUUCACACACACCCGGACCCUCACACACACCCAGAUUCUCACACACAACCGGAUCCUCACACACAUCCGGGCCCUCACACACACCCGGACCCUCACACACACCCAGAUUCUCACACACACCCGGAUCCUCACACACAUCCGGGCCCUCACACACACCCAGAUCCUCACACACACUCGGACCAUCACAUACUCCUGGGCCCAACACACACCUGGAUCCUCACACACACCCAGGACCUCACACACACCUGGGCCCUCACACACACCUGGACCCUCACACACACUCGGACCCAAACACACUCUCGGGCCUUCACACACACCCGGAUCCUCACACACAUCCGGGCCCUGACACACACUCGGGCCUUCACACACACCCGGAUCCUCACACACAUCCGGGCCCUCACACACACUCGGGCCUUCACACACACCAAGAUCCUCACACACACUCGGACCCAAACACACUCUCGGGCCUUCACACACACCCGGAUCCUCACACACACCCGGACCCUCACACACACCCGGACCCUCACACACAACCGGAUCCUCACACACAUCCAGGCCCUCACACACACCCGGACCCUCACACACACCUGGGCCCUCACACACACCCGGACCCUCACGCACACCCAGAUCCUCACACACAUCCGGGCCCUCACACACACUCGGGCCUUCACACACUCCCGGGCCCUCACACACACACCUGGACCCUCACACACACCCGGACCCUCACACACACCCGGGCCCUCACACACACCCGGAUCCUCACACACACCCGGGCCCUCACACACACUCGGGCCUUCACACACACCAAGAUCCUCACACACACUUGGACCCAAACACACUCUCGGGCCUUCACACACACCCGGAUCCUCACACACACCCGGGCCUUCACACACACCCGGGCCCUCACACACACCCGGGCCCUCACACACACUCGGAUCCUCACACACAUCCGGGCCCUCACACACACCCAGAUCCUCACACACAUCCGGGCCCUCACACACUCCUGGACCCUCACGUACACCCGGGCCCUCACACACACCCGGAUCCUCACACACAUCCGGGCCCUCACACACACCCAGAUCCUCACACACACUCGGACCAUCACAUACUCCUGGGCCCAACACACACCUGGAUCCUCACACACACCCAGGACCUCACACACACCUGGGCCCUCACACACACCUGGACCCUCACACACACCCGGGCCUUCACAAACACCCGGAUCCUCACACACACCCGGAUCCUCACACACACUUGGGCCCUCACACACACCCGGACCCUCACACACACCCGGGCCCUCAUACACACCCGGACCCUCACACACACCCGAGCCCUCACACACACCCGGAUCCUCAUGUACACCUGGGCCCUCACACACACCUGGGCCCUCACACACACCCAGGCCCUCACACACACCCGGACCCUCACACACACCCAGAUCCUCACACACACCCGGGCCCUCACACACACCCGGACCCUCACACACACCCGGACCCUCACACACACCCAGAUCCUCACACACACCCGGGCCCUCACACACACCCGGACCCUCACACACACCCGGACCCUCACACACACCCGGGCCUUCACACACACCCAGAUCCUCACACACACCCGGACCCUCACACACACCCGGAUCCUCACACACACUUGGGCCCUCACACACACCCGGACCCUCACACACACCCGGACCCUCACACACACCCGGGCCUUCACACACACCCGGGCCCUCACACACACCCGUAUCCUCACACACACUUGGGCCCUCACACACACCCGGACCCUCACACACACCCGGGCCCUCACACACACCCAGAUCCUCACACACACUUGGGCCCUCACACACACCCGGAUCCUCACACACACCCGGACCCUCACACACACCCGGGCCUUCACACACACCCGGGCCCUCACACACACCCGGACUCUCACACACACCCGGAUCCUCACACACACCCGGGCCUUCACACACACCCGGGCCCUCACACACACCCGGACUCUCACACACACCCGGAUCCUCACACACACCCGGACCCUCACACACACCCGGAUCCUCACACACACCCGGGCCCUCACACACACCCAUAUCCUCACGCACACUUGGGCCCUCACACACACCCAGACCCUCACAUACACCUGGGCCCUCACACACACCCGGGCCCUCACACACACCUGGACCCUCACACACACCUGGGCCCUCACACACACUGGGAGCUGCUGGCUUGGUGACCCCUCCAGGCCCUGGGGGGGGUCCUGCCUGGGCCUGCGGCCAGCACUGCUGGAGGGGUCUGCACAAGAGGUGGAAGCUGCCACUGCUCCACCCCCUUCUCCAGCACGUGGACCUGCAUGUCGAUGCCACUGCCUCCCUCCACCCCAUCUGCUGGUGCCCCGGGGUUCUCCAGCCCUCUUCCUUUCUGGGCCUGGGAAUGGAAGAGGCUGGUGAAGGAGCCAGGCCUGGGGUGGGGACAGAGGGGCUCCCAGCCAGGUGGGGAGUCCACCUCUACCAGGCCCCUCGGCAGCCCAGAGGUGGUGGCCUGAGCCCCCAGGAUGCCCUGCUUAGCACUGGGAGCACGGAACAUGCCCCGUGAGACCAGCACCACCGACAGACAGGGCAGCCAGCUGUGCAGGGCCACACAGACCUGAGGGAGUUGCUCAAGACCCUCAUCGCUUUCAGCACAAUGACAGGGCCUGGGUGUGGCAGAGAACCCCGCGCUGCCCCUCAGUGGGUUUCUCACACAUCCUGGCAGCUCAGAGGCCAGGGUGGGCUGGCAGCACUUGGGCAGAUGGCUGCUCCCAGGGUGCUCUCCAGCAGGGGUGGCUGUGCUGGCCUACAGGCCCCCAGCGGGCCCUGGUCUAACCCACCUGGAGCCAGGCUUCUGGCUUCACCUACAGAGAUCCCGGCACACGGCCAUGCACCUCCACCAGGCCACAUGCACCUCUACCUUGGCCACAGAGGGUGCCCUGGGAGAAGCACCUCCUCGCUGGGGAUUCCAGAACCCUGUGCAGAACAAGAAAUGAGGCCGUCACCCCAGGACUGCCCACCCACCACUACCACAGGGGUCCUGCUUCGGGACCACCUCUGAGGCCAGGGGUCUCCUGGCCCUGGCUCCCACUGGCUCUGGGGCCCUGCCUCAAGCCUGGCCAGGCCUCUAAGGGCAGCUCCACACUCAUUUGGCAGUGUGGGGUGGUGUCACAGCCCAGGAAUGCAGGAAGAAGCGCGGACUCUGGCACAGGGAUGGUGCAGCACACCGAGAAUGUGCCCUUACAGAGAUAAUUGUGCAUUUGGGAACCACAGCCUAAUGGCCCCAACGGAUGCCACCAGCAGUUUCCUUCAUGGCGAGCUGAGACCACAGUGGUGCCAUGGGGGGAAGGCGUCCCCAAGCCUCCAGAGAUGACCACGCUGCUUGGGCCCCUACCAUCCUGACCAAGGGUGCCUGGGAUGGGCUGGGCCUGACUGUGGGCGCCCCUGCAGCCCAAGGAGGCCCCAAGGCAGGGCCGACACAGGGCUGUCAGCACCGAGGCCUGAUUUCAGGGGAGGAGCCUGAUCACUGCAUACUGGGCAGGCAGCGUGGGCAGCGUGAGCUGAAUGACCCCAUUGUGUGGAGUGAGGCUGAGAGGCCAAACCCAGCAGGCUGGGCAGAGCUGUGCCUUUCCAACCUCCGUUCCUCUGUGCCCCCCAGACCAGGGAUCUCAGCAAGCACCGAGCAGUGGAGCUUAGUGUGGCCUUCUGGACAGACAGCCCUGGGCGACAGCGCCUGCCUCCAGGGAGCAGCCUCCUCUGACGCACUGUGCCCGGGCCUGUCUUCCCAAGGGAGGCGGGUCACCACACCUGUGGGAGCCUUGGCUGUCUGAGCCAGCAGGUGAGGCCUAGGCGGCCCCUGCAGCUGAGGCCACCUGGUACCCAGGAGGCAUCUGGGCGUGUGCCCCAAUUUGCACUUUCAGUCUAGUGAGAACCUCUCACUUCCCACUUUUAUCCAGAGCGGCGAGGGACUCAGCAUCUGUGUGGUUGGUGUGGUCCAGAGAGCUGGAGUCUGUGUCCAUGGGCAGAGGAUGGCCUUUGAGGCCCAGUUUCCCUCGGCUCCCUCAGCUUGGGCUUCACCUCAGGAGCAGGCAGCAGGUGCAGAUGUCACAUUGGAAACCCAUCAGUCACCAAACCAUUACAGUGUUGAUUUCUCCUGUGGCCAACUGGUUUGAACUUUGACAGGCUGGCUGUGGGCACCUUGGGCAGCCUGGAGGUGAGGGUGGGGUCAGAAGCAAGCAGGGAGCACACUGCAUCGUGGACACAAGCAACGAACCAUCAGCUGCAUUGCUGGUGGCACAGCACUCAGCAGUCCCUGGGGUUCUGAUGAGGAACGACCUUCCCUGCACACACACGGUGGCACAGCACAUGACCCUGGCCCUGUGUUUUGUCUGACAAGGCCCUGGCCAUCCCUGGAGCUGAGGAACUGACUGUUCUGCAAACUCACGACUUCUUUUUUCCUCAAAUCCUGCUCAUAAGAAGUGUGGGGGUCUCCAUGCCUCCACUGGGGGAGACCGAGGCCUGGCAGUGCCGCAUUGCUGAGACCAAGUGAGAGUCAUGGGUAGAAGGAAGGAGCUGCCGGCCGUGACCAGUGGCCCAUCCUGUGCUGGCCCCGAGGGUCAGCUUUGGCAGGGAGCAGGGAGAGGGCCAGCGCGGGGUUCCGCUGAGGGAGUCCGGCUCCUCGGAAGCCCCGGAUCCCGUCGCAUCCUCACUCGCAGCAGCAGGGCUAAGGGGGAAAUCGCAGCGCCCUCUCCCCAAAACUUCAAGCCCAAAACCUCAGGAGUCAUCCCGAGGAAUCUCCACCCCUUUCUCCCUGGGAGACCUGAGAUGGAUGGGGGGUUGUUGAGGGACUGGGGGCAUGGGUCUCCCCUUCAUGUGUGUGUGUGUGGAGGGAGAGGGAUUGGGUCUCCUGCCUUCAUGUGUGUGUGUGGGGGGUUGUGUGUGUGUGUGUAUGGGUGAGGGGAGGGGUUGGAUCUCCUGCCCUUCAUGUGUGUGUGGGUGAGGGGAGGGGUUGCAUCUCCUGCCCUUCAUGUGUGUGUGGGUGAGGGGAGGGGUUGCAUCUCCUGCCCUUCAUGUGUGUGUGGGUGUAGAGGGGUUGGGUCUCCCCUUCAUGUAUGUGGGUGUGGGUGUAGAGGGGUUGGGUCUCCCCUUCAUGUAUGUGGGUGUGGGUGUAGAGGGGUUGGGUCUCCCCUUCAUGUAUGUGUGUGGGUUGGGGGGAGGGGUUGGGUCUCCUGCCCUGUGUGUGUGUGUGUGUGUGUGCGGGGGGGUUGAGUCAAUGCUGUUCUUCUGAGCCCACGGUCGGGGUCACAUGGGACCCACACACCUGAGCAGCUCGAGAUUUCAGCGCAAGAAGGAGCCUGGGCGGAGUGGGCAGACUGUAGGGCCUGUGUCUGCCCCAGGUUGUGGUGGAUCUCGUCCAGGUGCCAUCCCCGGUGCAGCUUCUGCGUGUUGUCAUUAAAUCCCAGGAUGUGGAAUCUCAUCUCUGGCAAUCCUGUCUUCCCCGUGGUGGAGCCGAUGGGCAGAGUCGGAGCCAUGUCCUGCCCUUGCCAGAUGUUUGCGGCCAGAUCGGCUCCCGGGUCCUGUCCCCUCUGCAGUUCAGGGCUGGACGCAGGGGCCUGGAGUCUGCCAGAGCAAUCUCCCCAGAAGGCAGUGUCUUGGAUCCACUGCAUUGAGCACACUGCUGUGUCAUGAAAUGUCCACAGGCUGGAGCUCCCUGCUCCUCUUUUGUGACCCAGAGCAGCUGUUGUGGCCAGAUCUGGGCCCUGGUGCUCCUGGGAGGAUGGCGCCGGCCACCGUGGGCUCAGAUCAUGCCUGAAAAUGGUGAGACUGAGGUGGGGUGGGAGACACUUCCUUACCGUGAGGCUCUGGCUUCCUUGCACUCUCACCCUGGGGAGAAUGUUGGGAAAGGUUUGGCCACAGUACCCAGACAGCUUCUAGUUCAGGCUACCCUUGGGCUGGGUGACGUUGGGCAGGUGGCUACCCUUGGGCUGGGUGACGUUGGGCAGGCUUCUUUGGACCUCGCUUAGGGCAACUCCCAGUGCCUUUCCCCUCCUUCCCUCCAGCUCCUGUGUGAAGGUGUCUCCUAAGGUUUAGGCGCAUCGGGUAUGGUGUACACAGGGCAUGGCUCCACUCUAGUCUCUCCCCCAGUAAAACUUCCCAGAGGCCAGGUUACUGCCCUGGGAAUCCAGGGCCUACACUGUCCCGAGUCUUCCUCUCUUUGCAGCUGUCCAGGACUGGGCAGAGGCUCAGGGGUCUGUGCUGACUGUGUGGGUGUCUGGGCUCAGCCCUGCUGUUCAGACAGCACACACCUUGUGUGCUGACCCCAGGACUCUGCUGGUGUCGUGGCAACUGGAGGCCGCGGCUGUCUCCACGGCAGCGGCUGCUCCUGACCUCCCCCAGAGUUCUUGCUCCUUGGAGGCCCUGUCUGGGUUGCCCAGGAGCCUGAGCAUGAGGCGGCUGAGGCCAGCAGCUUAUGGCUCUUGGUGUCAGAGGAAGGUAAGGGCGGGUGAGCAAUGAGCUGUGAUGGGGGCGGCUGGGAUCCCAGACAGUCGUGGCCUCAUGGGGCCAGACGGCUUUGUCAGCCCUCCUUCAACUGACCCCAGCUCUGGUGGGCAAACAUUGAGAAAACUGUGGGAAUAGAGACUGUUGACCAAACGCGGAGAAGGAGGCACUGAGCCUGAGAAAAGUCUGCAGAGAGCAAACACUGUGGGUGCUGACCCCGCUGGAACAGUGACUGCUGUUGCGAGAGCCUGGCCCUGGCUGGGGCCUUCCCAUGCCAGCCAGGGUGGGGACCGGCGGGUGGGGUUCCUUCUCCCGUGUAAGUGGGCAGCCCUCCCCAGCCCCCUGAGGCCUGAGCAGGUAGGGUCUGGGUGUCGUGUCCACCCAGGUCUCCUUCUGGGCCUGGGCAGGAUUGAGGGCUUGUCUCAGAGUGGCAGGAGAUGGACAGGGACAAUGUUUACACAGGUUAGUAACAAAGGUAUUGACGAGGCCGCUUGGACUUGGCGUGUUUUCUGGGAAGCUGAGCCUGGUGGGCAGUGCGUACUCUGGCACAAGGGCCUGCACUGGAAGACGAGACUCAGAGCACCUGAAGGUUCCAAGUGGCAUUGAAGGAGCUGGCGCUGAGGUGCAGCAGGUUAACACCUUGGCCUGAAGCACCAGCAUCCCAUAUGCAUGCCGGGUCGAGACCCGACUGCUCCACUUGCAAUCCAGCUUUUUGCUAUGUCCUGGGAAAGCAGUAGAAGAUGCCCCAAGUCCUUGGGCCCCUGCACCCACAUGGGAGACCCGGAGGAAGCUCCUGCCUCCUGGCUUCGGAUCGGCAGCAGUUGCGGCCAAUUGGGGAGUGAGCCAGCGGAUGGAAGACCUCUUUCUCUCUCGCUCUGCCUCUCCUCUCUCUGUGUAACUCUGAUUUUCAAAUAAAUAAAUAAAUCUUUUUUUAAAAAAAAAAAAAAAGAAAAUUGGCAUUGCAGGCAUUGCAAAGAGAAUCUGGGGGCUUGGCCUGGCAGUCAGCUCACUGGGCACAGAGGCCAUGAACUCAACUGCCCACAGCAGGACGGUGUCAGACCCCAGCUCCUGGUAUGGUUCCAUCAGCACCAUGCAAUCUCUCCACGUGCUGGGCCUGUGCUUGAGGACCCUCACCCGCAGAGGACAUAACCCUGAGGCAGAAACCAGAAUGCCCUGGGCGUGGCUCCUGGGAGACCUGUGCGUCUGCCGCAGAAGCCUCUGACGAUCAGCGCUCGUCACGCAGAAACACAGAAUGCGGGGCCUGGAGAGCUCUGCGUCACACAUUUUCCAUAAAAAUGCUUUUCAGGUUUUUUUUUUUCACUUACUUGAAAGGCACAGACAGAAACAGACAAAUAUACAGAGAGAUCUCCCAUCUGCUGGUUCAUUCCCCAAAUGCCCACAGCAGCUGGGACUGGGCCAGGUCCAAGCCAGAGCAGGGAACUCAAUUCAAGUCUCCCACAGGAGACGGGAACCCAAGUACCUCGUCCCUCGCUGCUGCCUCCCAGGUGUGCAGCUCUUCUUUUCCCUUGUUGAUUGACACGUACUAACCUUGUGUGUUAGGGACAUGGGCCAUUUCGGUGCGUGUGCACACUGUGUGAUCAGCCUCUGUCAUAACCACAGACGUUUCUCAUUUCAAAAUCUUCUCUCCAUUAACAGUGGCGGCCACUUCUGCUCACACCUUCAAGAAAUGUCUGCACAGCCGUUCACCUGCUUUGAGUUGGAUUAUUCAGGGCUGGGUUUUGGGGGUUGCUUGUUUUGUUUUGUCCUUUUGUUUUGACGCUGUUUGGGUUCCUUAUUCAUUCUGGAAGCCAAUCCCUGUGGAAGGAAGAGUCUCGAAUGUCUCCUGUUCUGCAGGUUGGCUGCUCAGCUAUUUCCUCUGCUGCACGGAAACUGAGUGUAAUGUGACCCCACUUGCCACUCUGCUUUUGUUGCUGUGCUUUGGGGUCCAACUCCAAGAGUCUUUGCCCAGACUUGUGCCCCAAAAUGUUUCCUCCAUACUUCCUGCUGGCGGUUUCGUGGUCUUGGAUCUCAGGUUUCAGCGUCCGGCCCACUUCGCCUUGGGUUCUGUGUGUGGUGAGAAUGGGGCUCCUGUGCUUUCCCUGCAGGUGGGUCCCCGGUUCCCCCAGGAUCGUUGACUGCGGCCUUCUCCCAGCAGAGUUCUUCCUCCCUGUGUGGAGGAUCGGCCGUCUAUGUGCGUUUGCUCUUCCUGGGCUCCCUCUUCUCUUCCAUCACCAGUGCCACGGUUCCGGUCCUGGCUGCUCUGCUUCUGAUCCAGCUUCCUGCUAAUGCCCCUGGGAAGACAGCAGAUGAUGGUCCAGUGCUUGGGCUGCUGCACUCAUGUGGGAGACCCAGGCUCCUGACUUCGGCCUGGCCCAGCCCCAGCUAUUGCAGUCAUUUGAGGAGUGAGAAGAUCUUCUCUCUGUCUCUUGCUGAUGCUCUUUGUUUCAAAUAAACAAAUAAAUGAUUUUUUAAAAGAAGAAUGAGAUGUCAGUCUUUGUAUUCAUAUGAAG